AUGGCAUCACCAGCGGAUACCCUGAAAUGGUCGGCUCAACUUCGAGUCGCACCCCCAAAUCGAAGACUCGUGGGAGACAAAAUCACCUUGCCACAAUCGGCCCUCGAAGCCCUCCUCGCCGCCGCUCCGGUGGUUCCUGUUCAGAACAACGCCUCGAGGAACCUUACCUCUUCCUUCGACCCUUUCAAUCCUUAUUCCUUCGCCGCGGAGCGCCGUGCCCGCGAGGCCUUGACCGAUCGGCAGCAGCAGUUACCGCAUCCCCUCACCUUUCGUAUUGUGAAUCCUCGCAAUGAAAGAGCUGUGUACGCCGGAAUCCGGGAAUUUUCUGCAGAUGAGGGGACGACCGGAUUGAGCGCCGGCCUCCGAGAGGCUCUAGGUCUUCACAAUGGAGCGACACCUUCAUCUACGACGAGAGAAAGCACGCCUGGUGGCGACGUGAUCAUGACCAAUGGCACGGACACUCCGACAUCUGAGAUCCUCAUGAUUCAUGCCAAACAACUCCCCAAAGGAACAUACGUCAAAUUAAGGCCUCUGGAAGCAGGGUACGACCCUGAGGAUUGGAAGUCGCUGCUCGAACGUUAUCUGCGAGACAAUUUUACCACUUUGACCAGUGGAGAAUUACUGGUCGUCCCAGGCGCCCAUCAUGAGCAGUUUCGGUUCCGGGUGGACAAAUUGGAACCUGAAGGCGAUGGCAUAUGCAUUGUUGAUACCGAUCUCGAGGUGGACAUCGAGCCAUUGGAUGAAGAUCAGGCACGUGAAACUUUGAAGAAGAGACUGGCAAAGAACAGACGCGAACAAGAGUCACCAGAGGGGAGCUCCCUUGGUGGACCGUUGAAUCUGGAGCAAGAACAGCAAGGCAAAGCCGUACCAGGUCAUUAUGUGGACUACGAAUUGAAAGAUUGGGAUCACCAAGACGAUCUGGAAGUCAUCCUACAAGCCUCCGAGGACACCGCCUGCCUUGAUCUUCUGAUCAGUCCAUCCUCUUCACGACAACGGUCGACACCUCGGGAAGACGAAUUUGUCUUUGGUGAUAUGAGUGGCCGACCCACGAAGCGAAUCAAGCUUUCUCACACCAAUUCGGACCUGGAAGAUGCCGAAUCCUUGCAUCUGACGGUACAUGCUUGGAAAGAUCCGAACAACGACGUCCAUGAUGGUGACCGCCCGAUUCCAUACACCCUCCAAGUGACAACAGCCGUCUCGGAGUCCACUACCACGAACGACGUACCCUCACAACCGUCUCCAGACGAGGUAAUAUGCAAGAAUUGUCAUCAGGUGGUCCCUAAGAGAACACUCCCCUUGCAUGAAGCCUUUUGCUAUCGAAAUAACGUCCGCUGUCCGACAUGUUCCGACGUGUUUCUCAAGAAUUCCGAGUCGUACAAGAACCACUGGCAUUGCCCUCAUGAUGAGGAACACGGAAAUGAUCCUGUAUCCCAUCAGAAACAUGAUGCAAUCUUUCACCCCGCCACCCCCUUUCAGUGCCCGAAUUGCGAUUUCCAAGCUUUUGACCUGCCCAUUCUGGCACACCAUCGGACAACGACAUGCCCCGGGAAAGAGAUUCUUUGCCAGUUCUGUCAUUUGGUGGUGCCGCAACGAGGACCCGAAGAUCCACCGUUUACGGAUCCUGAAGUUUUGAUGUCGGGACUCACACCACACGAGCUUACGGAUGGUGCACGGACAACAGAGUGCCAUCUGUGUAGCAAGAUAGUCAGACUGCGGGACAUGAAGACUCACUUGCGACUUCACGAUCGAGAGCGAUUUGCCAGACCGAGGCCGAAGCUGUGCGCAAACGGCAUUUGUGGCAGAAUAAUCAGAUCUGAUGACGAGAUGAGAGUGCAGAAAGAACAAUUAGGUCUCUGCAACGAGUGUUUUGGCCCGCUAUACGUUGCCAGUUACGAUCCUGAAGGGAGAAUGUUGAGAAGGAGAAUCGAGAGAAGGCUUCUGCAGCAGCUCAUGGGCGGCUGUGGCAAAUUAUGGUGUCGCAACCCUGACUUAUGUAAGACUGGACAUAAAAAUGUCACCGGUCAGGACCGAGUCGUCUCUGCCAAGGAUGGAUUGGUCAUGAUCAAACCCAUCAUGGACGACCUUUCCCACGGAGGGACCUCCAAGCUGAGAUUUUGCGUUGAUGAAGCCUGUCAGACGCGAAGAAUCCUAGCGACCAUGAUGACUGGCGAAGGCGAAUAUGAACUAGAAUGGUGUGCCAAGGCCCUUGAGGAGGAGAGAGGCGACGUUAGUCGUGCCCGAGAGUGGCUUAAGAAUCGGGCUCCAAAGAUCGGUGAGGUUCUUUCUUGA